UCAUUUCAUGCUUCGCUUUAUCAGCUGUAUAGCGCAUAUAUGACGUCGCCCUGUUUUUUUUCUCAGUUGAAUGGAAUUAGAGAGUCAUUCUAAGGUGUUGGAACUAGUUGGGCGCUCUUACAGAGAGCUACCAAUGUGUUCCGAUUUGCAGAGGUUGACCAACGUAAAGAUUUUAAACGAGCAUGGAUAUAUUAAACAUCCACCAUUGCCUGGAGCUGGCACUUUAGCUAAACUGGAGUAUAUAUUUGUCUCAUUGACAGACGUUUUAUUGGGAAGUGAAGCGAUACAGCCAAUGUUGAAAAGUUUUUACCAAGUGUUUACGGAAGGAACGGAUAUAACCAAGAGACAAAUGGAGGUGUUUUUAGAAAGCAUAGGUGGGGAUACGUCUCCAGUGGUGCAGGUAUUAAGAGCGAUAAAUCAAAGCACGAUAUCACCGGUGAAUAUUGAGUUGAAGAAAUCGUUGGGUAUGCAGUAUAUGACAAAAGAUGUGAAAAAUAGUUGGUUUUUUGAGAUUUUGACUAUAGGACCGGUGGUUAGGCAGGUGGUAGUGAUAUCUCACAAGAGAGAGCAAUCGUUGGACAACAGUUUUCAGUAUGAAUGGCUAUUAUCAUUUUACUUCGAGAAAAAGGAAAAAGGAGGAAUGUAUUUUUUUGAGUGUACAAAGGCGACAUUGGGGGUGACGGACUUGAUGUAUUCACUAGAACUGCACAAAUCAGACAACAAAAACAAGAGGAGAGAGAUAGAAUUGAGGCUUGAAAAAUACGCAUUGAAUGGGGUUAUUAGAGAGGCGUCAAAACGACAUUGGGAGCAUUAUCCAGUAUCAGCAGACGAAUCGAUGAAAGAUAAGUGGGGGGUGCAGGAGGAAGAAGAGGAAAGUAAAAACAAGAGGGAAAUUCAAGAGAAACAAUAUGAUAAUGGUGACAGAUAUGUGGGAGAAUUAGAAAAGGGAAUACGCAAUGGAUUUGGAGAGUAUCAAUACUAUCAUUCUGGAUCAAUAUAUCAAGGCUACUACAGGAAUGGAAAGCGACAUGGAAAAGGGACGGUAAUAUUUAAGAACAGUUCGAAGUUGGACGGGUAUUUUGAACGCGGUAUCACCUUGUAUGGAGUGUAUACGUAUUCUUCGGGAGAUGUGUACAAGGGUGAUUUCGGGGAUGACAAGUUCGAUGGAAUAGGCAAGUGGUCUGGGGUAGAUGGGACAUCUUAUUUUGGACAAUGGAAGGCAGGGGUGCCUCAUGGCCAGGGUAAUUUGAGGCUUGGGUCAAAUGAUGCUUAUUCUGGACAAUGGCAGAAUGGGAAGAUGCAUGGCAAGGGGACUUAUACACGGUUCAAUGGAGAUGUUUAUGUUGGGGAGUUUAAGGAAGGCAAGCCACACGGCCAUGGGAAAUAUUUUUUCUCGGCGACUAAUACUUUUUGUGAGGGUGAAUUUUCGAAUUGCUAUUUUAUCGGCGGAUCAACGAACAGUUCAUGAACGGAGGAGUGUUUCAAUGGGCUUUCCCCUAAUUUGGAAUUUCCGAAGAGGCGCUCUUUUACUGGGCAGGCGAUCAUGCAUCGCACAUGUAUAUUUAUAUAUAGCGGUAUCU